AUGGUGCACUACGAUGAGAGUGAGGCCACCGCCAAAUGCCACGGCGGCGACGAGGUGGCCGUGACGUUCACGUCCACGGUGGUGCCAGCGCUGCCGCUGCAGGAGCACCGCCUGCCGCUCUCCAACCUCGACCUCAUCCUGCCCCCCAUCGACGUCAGCGUCUUCUUCUGCUACGCCGCCGGCGACGACUACCCGGCGGGUACAGGUAGCCACCCCGCGUCAACCCUGAAGGCGGCGCUGGCCAAGGUGCUGGUGGCGUACUACCCGCUCGCCGGCGAGGUCGUGGCCAACGCCGCGGGGGAGCCGGAGCUGCUGUGCAGCGGCCGCGGCGUGGACUUCGCGGAGGCGGCCGCGGACGGCGUCGAGCUGCGGGAGCUGCAGCUCGGCCUGCCGGACGAGAGCGUCGAGAGGCUGGUGCCCAAGAAGAAGUCCGGGGUCAUGAGCGUGCAGGUGACCAAGUUUAAGUGCGGCGGCGCCGUCGUCGGGUGCACCUUCGACCACCGCGUCUGCGACGCCUACUCCUUCAACAUGUUCCUCGUCGCGUGGGCCGCCGCGGCCCGGGGCGCGUCCAUCCCGCUGCCCCCGUCCUUCAACCGUUCAUUCCUCGCGCCGAGCAGCCCGCCUCCGUCGUGCACCGCCGGCACCCUCGCCGACCGCCUCUUCGUCCCCGUCAGCCUCGUGCCACCGCCGCCAGCCACAGCGGCACCACCCACAGCUUUCAACCGCAUCUUCCACGUGGCCGCCGCCGAUGUCGCCGCGCUGCAGGCCUCGGCGGGGCCCGGGCGCACGAAGCUGGAGGCGUUCACGGCCCACCUGUGGCAGCUCUACUCCAGGGCGGCCACGCCACGACACGACUCGUGCUGCAUGGGCGUCGUCGUCGACGGGCGCGGCCGCUUGUGCCCCGACGGCGCCAUGAGGCCCUACUUCGGCAACGUGCUGACCAUCCCCUACGGCGCGUUCGUCGCUGCCGACCUGCGCGACAUGGCGCUCGCGGACGUAGCGGAGGACGUGCACCGAUGGGUCGCGGAGGCGGCCACGGGCGAGCACUUUCAGGGGCUGGUCGACUGGGUGGAGGCGCAGCGACCCGAGCCCACGGUGGCGAGGGCUUACAUAGGCGGCGGCGACAAUGACAACGGCGAGGGGGAGACGGCCUCGUGCGUGGUGUCGUCGGGGCUGAGGCUCCCGUUCGGUGAGGUGGACUUCGGGUGGGGCCGUCCGGCGUUCGCGUCGUACCACUUCCCGUGGCCCGGCGCCGCCGGGUACGUGAUGCCGAUGCCGAGCGCGCGCGGGGGCGGGGACUGGGUGGUGUACGUCCACGCGGCGCCGGAGGUGGUGAAGGUGAUGGAGGAGGAGCCAACGGUGUUCAGGGCCCCGGUGAGCAGCGACAUAUUCGGGUGA